AUGGAUUAUAUUUUCUCGGGCGAGUUCAAAAAGUUUGUGGAAAUCUCCAAGACCAUUGUGAUUCUAAAGAACGGAAAAUACUCACGAUGUAUCCAUUAAAAAAAGUCCUAAUCGUUAAAAUUAAAUUUUUAAAAAAAUAAUAUCGUUCUAGUUAUCAUAAUAAAAGCGUUAAAGAUUCACUUCAACCAAUCUGCGGGUCCAGUUCCUCCAUUCCUCCUCAUUCCUCGUCUCAAUUCGAAUUUCCGAUUGAAUUUUUCAAACGAUAACUUUCUAUCGCUAAUUUUUCAGAAAAAAAUAGUUCGAAAAAUAUCAACGUGAAAAUUUGAAAUGGCCGGAUGGACGUGGAAACGUGGUGGCCCCGCCCACUUUUUUCAUUUUCCGUCCGAAUCGGAAGAUUCUGAUCAAAAUUUAUUAUCUUCAUUACCUCGAACUCUAAACGCUCGACUUCGACUACCAAGCAAAACUUCUCAUCCCAAACGUUGGUUUAAAAAAACUAUUUACAGAAAAAAAUGAAAAUUAUAAAGAUUAAUUGUGGCAUAGAUUCUUUCAAUGCUACAGCCCUUGUCAAAAAAACUCUGAACCCUAGAAAUCAUUUUGAGAAAAGCUAACCCAAUUCAACAUUGAAGCGGAAAAAAAAAUUAAGGAGUUCAGAAUCAUGACCAACUCAACCCAGCAGCUACUCGCUGAGAUCCACAGCAAGCUCUCUGAAACAGCAACUGUUGAAAAAGUGAAUUAUAGUCCAGAAAAGAGUUCAAAAAACAAUAUUCCCUUGGCAGAAAGACUUGCAUCGCGCAAAAGUUCAAAUGACCAAGCUGCUCGCCAGCUCGGCCGGCGACGUUCUUGACGCUUCGGCUCAUCAUAAUCAUGAGUUCCUGUCUCCUCCGGUGACGGACGCCAAGGUAUGAAAAGAUUGAUAAAUUAAAAUGAAAAAAAAAAGGAAAAAAAGUUUCGCAGUCAGAAUUUUUUCACUGUGAAAAAAUAGUGCAUACACGGCUUUGUGCAGAAUACAUUUUAUUUUACGACAGACCCCUCCUUUUUUUGGUUUUCAAUUUUUGGUGUCUCGAGAAAUCUCGUUUUUGUAUAGAUUUCAGCUUUUUUCAUGAUAAGAGAGCUUUUUUUAAUGCUGCAGUAAGUUUUGAGCGAGCUAAAAUACGAAUUUUGAUCAAACUCACAUUCGAAAAAAAUUUAGUUUCAGGAAAACAAAGUUUUUUUCGCGAUAGUUUUGGCUCUUGUAUCUAGAAUUUUUGUAUCAAAGAAUAAUUUAAGAUCCCGUUGACUAGCCACGAGUCGAAUUCUCGUCACUCAUCGAACCAUGAGCGCUCGAGCGGCAUCGAAAAGACGGACGAUGUGGUUUCCGCCGAAGAAUCGCAUUUGGGAAACUCCCAGAGCUAUUUGGCGUCCUUGCUCCACGAGCGCACCCAGUUGCAAGACAAUCCGGCCGUCAAACACGUUUUGGACCUUUUGGAUAAAGGUUAUCAAAUGUUUUUAUUAGAUAUUUCGCAAAAACGAAGUUUUCUGUAUAACCUUUUUUCGUGAUUAAUUUUUUUGAAUAUCAUUAUUUUUGUUUAGAAAUCGAAAGAAUCGCUCUGAGCAAGGUAGAGUCCUCCACGGAUGUCGUGACGGUCAUUGAGAAGAAGGAGAAAUCUCCCAUCACUGCUCCGAUUCUUGAAGACGUCGACGACGAUGAAGAAGUCACCCUGUCUGAAACGGUCGUCAUUCCGGUGGCUGAAUUCCCUACGGUUUGAAAAAGCGAAUAAAUGAAAAAUAAUAUCAACUUUUCAGUACAAUUUCAUCGGACGAAUCCUGGGCCCUCGUGGAAUGACGGCUAAGCAAUUGGAAAAAGACACUGGCUGCCGAAUCAUGAUCCGUGGGAGAUAUUCCAACAAAACGGUGCAUUUUGAGGAAAAAUAGAGGGAAAAGGGGGUUUUUAAAAGGACUUUAGAUAUUUUAGAAACAUAGCGAAAUCUGUAGGAAUCCGUGUCUUUUUGCUAUUUAGGUCUUAACUAAGGAAUUCCAGAGUGGUCCCUAUAGGGGUAAAACUAAGAUGGAACCUCUAGGGGCUUAGGGUCUGACUCCUUAGUCCCUAAACCUCAAGUGGACCCUAUAGGGGUCUUUCAAUUUCAUUUAAAAAUCGCUUAUUUAGUCAGUUCGUUCCAUGGAAGAACUUCUUUUCAUAAAAUUGAUCGAUUAACAUGUCCCCUAUAGAGGCCACUUUUGCAAGUUGUAGUGGACCCUGUAGGGGUUGGUAUAAGGGCCCCUAGAAGGCACCCUCCAAGGCCCCCUAAGUUGCCCCUAUAGGGAUCACUCUGUUCCUAAAAAAGUCUUUCAUGUCGGAGAAGGAUCUCACAUCUGCGCCCGACCUUGAACGAUACUUUUUUUCUGAAAUGCAGCUCCCAAAUGAUUAGGCCGAUCAAAAAUACAAUAAGCUGCGUGAGAACCUUUUCAUUAGAAAAAAGACCUCGAAUUUUUUAAAAUCAUUCUUCAGUGCCUUUUUAAAACAAACUGUAAAUUGCAUUUUAGAACCUUGAAAUGAUCUUUUGAAUUGAAUUUUUAGGUAUUUUUGUGAGGUCCUUGAGUUCGAAUAGAAUAUGUAGAACUUGAAAUAAUAUAGUCUGUGUGCCACGACUUGAAAUUUCACCGAACGACAUUCCGCUGUUCCGCUGCGUCGCGUUCGCGAAGCUUAUUUCGAAUCUAGGUCACGCUUUCAAUUGAUUUUUAAUGCUGUGGGAGCACAUGGAAGUAGAGUACCUUAAAAAAGCGAAGGCGCGCAGCGGCACAGCGGAAUGUCGUUCUGUGAAAUUCCAAGUCGUGGUACACAGGCUAUACUGUUCAGAUUUUGAAUGUCAAGUCAUUGCUCAAACUCCGCCUCUUAUGCGUAGAUCAAACCAAUCAGAGCGCUGUUGGGGGCGGAGCUUGCUGCUUAAAUCAAUUUUUUUUUCAGCUUUUAAUGAUUUUUAUGGGAGUUUCAGUACGGUCAUGGUCACCGCCUCACUCCGCAACGCAAGACCGUCCGUCCGCCGAUUCCUGCGUCGGAAAAUGAUCGCUACGAGGGCGAGAGAUUCCCCGAAAACGAAGUGAGCAGCACCGACAUGGCGGAUCUGCCGCUCCGCGUCGUCAUCGAAACUUCCGGACCGCGACGCGCCGCCGAGCAACGCAUCGUCGACGCGGUUGACGUCGUCAAGACCUUGCUCGUCCCGCCGGUUUCAGCUCCUCCCAGAACCGAAUAAUCUGAAAAGCUUCAGUGCGACGGAAGAGAUGAACUAAAGCGCCGUCAGCUGGUCGAACUCGCCAUCAUGAACGGGACCUACCGUCCUCCGCCGGCUUGGCAAGCCUCCAAGCAGUCGCCCUACGAGAGAUCCGCUUGUCUGACCUGCCCUCCGCCGACCCCCAAGGAGGUCUGAAACGACGGGAAAUUCCAGAAGACUUUCGAAGAAAAUUGACUUUUUUCCAAGUUUAUCGAAAAGUUGAACAAGUUUAGAGAUUUAUCUGGGUUUUUUGUAGUGGCUCAGGAACUCCAGAAUGGUCCUUAUAGGCGCAACUUUACCAACCCCUAUAGGGGCCACUAAAGCUUGAGAAGUGAUCCUAGGUAUUUUAGUUAUUGGCGACUAAAUUAGCGUUUUUAAAUGAAGUUUAGAGAUCCCUACAGGAACCACUUGAGAUUGAGGGGCUAAAGGGUCAGACCCUGAUCCCCUAUAGGAUUCACCUUUAUUUUACCCCUAUAGGGACCACUUUUCCAACCCCUAUAGGGGCCACUGAAGCUUGCAGAAGAGGUCUCUAUAGGAAUUUUAGUUAGGGGCGAUAAUUGUUGAAAUAAAUUAGCGUUUUUAGAAUAAAGUUGAAAGACCCCUAUAGGGACCACUUGAGCUCUGAGGGCUCAGAAUCAGAUUUCUAACCCCUAGAGUGACCACCUUUAUUUUACCUCUAUAGGGACCACUUGAGCUUUAAGGGCUCAGGAUCAGAUUUCGAACCCCUAGAGGGACCACCUUUAUUUUACCCCUAUAGGGAACCUUUUUUCGAUCUCUACAGUGGCUGUUUGUUCCCCUAACCCCUAUAGGGACCACUCUGGAAUUCCUAGAAGGAGGUAUAGAUACGAAAAUGAUUUCUGAAUGAACUAGGAUGUUUCACUUAAGGGUUUACUCAGGGAUUUGGAUUCAAUAAUCAUUUUUGUAACCUUUUUAAUGAUAUAACUGCUUCUAAGCCGUUUUCCUAUCGUUAAAACUUGAAAAAGUCCAAUUUUUUGCGCUCUCGUUUUUAUGUGCUCUUUUCUUGUUUCUAUGACCUCCUCGGUGAUGGAAAAGAGACGCAGAGAAGUCAGAGCGAAUGGACUAAAAUAUUUUUCAAAUGAAGACAGGGUUUUCCAGGAGCCCAGCUAUCCUAUUCCUGCCGAUUUCGUGAACAACCUUCUAGCCAGCCAGCCGCAGCAAAAUAUUCCUUUCAACGUUUUCGAUAACCAGACCACCCAGACGGACCGCUCAUCCCAGGGAAUUUGGUGCGGAGUUCCUCGAAAACUGUAGAAUCAUGAAGAUUUUCAGGAAGCCAGACGAUCCGACGGUGAACAUCUUGUCGCACUUGUUGGAGACGCUCGGAAACCAGCAGAAGCCGCCGUCGCAGCCACAGUCGCAGGCCAAUGGAGGCAGCUGCUGCUGGAACACGGAGAUGACCUCGCGACUUCUCUCCACCAUGCUCGCCAUGCAGACGCGCGUCGCCGCUGCGACUGUGCCGACUCCGGCUAUUCCUGGUAAGUGCCGCGGAAUUAACUUAGGAGCUCCAGAGUGGUCCCUAUAGGAGCUACCUUAGCGCCCCUUCUAGGGACCACUUUACCAAUCUCAUUAGGGUCCUUUAAGGGUUGCAAAAGUGGUCCCUAUAGGGGAAGUUUAAGUCGAUAAUUUUCAUGAUCAUGAACUCUAAGCGAAGACGCAUGUUCAUGCGAAAAAAAUUGAAUAAAAAAAGUGUUUUUUUAAAUAAAAUGGAAAGACCAUUAUAGGGACCACUCGAGCUCUAAGGGCUAGAAGGUCAGACCCUAAACCCCUAUAGUGACCACUUUUUCCGGCCCCAAUAGGGGCUGUAUUCCCCCAAACCCCUAUAGAGGCCACUAUGAGAUUUCUAAGACUAGCUGAAAAAAAUUGAAUGCAAGGAUGAGAAAUUUCGUUCCACGAAAAAUUAGAUCAAAAAAUAAACUUGAAAGGAAGUUUUUCAAAAAAUUAUUCUCGAAAAAAGAAAGCUGUAAGUGGCCCCCUUAUGAAGGUAUAUUACCGUGGGAAAUAUCAAGAAAAAAAAAACUUUUAAUGGCGAUUUAAAAAAUGUUUAUUAAUUGUUAUUGAAACUUUCCAAAAUGCUACUUUUCAGCCGGUUUUUUGCUUGAAUUGGAUCGUUUUUGAAGUUUUUUUAGAAGUUUUUAAAAAAGGAAAGAUAAUCAGUAAUUCAAAAAGUUUCAAGCCAAUUCCGUGAACUUUAAAAAAGUAUUUUUCGGAAAAAAUUAAAAUUUUAUCAACUUUUUUUCUGUUCGUUGAUAGACUUAGGCCUAAAAAGUCAGCAAAAAAAUUCAACUCUAUUCGAUUCCGUUUGUUUCCUGUUUCAUUUAUUCCCCGUGUCUUGAUUAUUUUUGUACCGUUCUAUCUAAAAAAAUAUGUAUGAAACCAUUUUUUUCAAAAGAAAUAUGCGUCAGAUAAAAAUUUAGAGAAUUUUUAAUGAAACUACUUUUUCAAUGAAACAAGGAAAAAGUAUGAUGGUACGACAAAAUCUCAAGUCCGCAAAUCUCGAGGACCGUAAUCUUGUGUACGCAGAUCUAAAAGUCCCAUAAUCUUGGAAACCAAAAUCUUGGAGACCAAAAUCUUGGAAACCACAGUCUUGGAAAGCAGAAAUCUUCCUUUUUAGUCUUCUUUGUUGCAUUUUAUCUACUUAUAUUCUCUUGUUUGGAUCACCGAAUACAAUUUCUGAUAAAAUCUAUUCGCAAAAGCGUUGAUUUUUACUUUCCAAGAUUGUGGUUUCCAAGAUUUUGGUCUCCAAGAUUUUGGUUUCCAAGAUUAUGGGACUUUAGAUCUGCGUACACAAGAUUACGGUCCUCGAGAUUUGCGGGCUUGAGAUUUUGUCGUACCAUCAAAAGUAUCCCAUCCCCAAAAUGAUUGAGUAUACCCUUCCUAAAUGAUCAACACCAAGUUUGCAGCACCCUCGCAGAACUACGCGGCCUCGCAGCUGCUCUACUCGCUGCCGUCGAAGACGACUCCGGCCCUGAAACUGGCCCCGCCCCCCAAGCGCAACUUCAACGGCAACAACCGCAAGAAGCACUAA